CUCUUUAUAGCCGAGUCGUAUAAAAAGGGUAAUGAGAAGAUUUUAAUUAUCAAAGACAAGACUACUGGCAAAAUAGUCACGGAAAUAGAUGUCUUUGAAAAUGAGGGAUAUCAACUUGGAAAACCUGUAGACGAAAAUAUCUGUCUCGUCUCACCAUUUGUCGAAAAGGCAGAUGAUCCUCCACAUUGUUUCAAACGUAUACCUGCUAUUGACAUGCAAGACGAAAUACCAGCCGACCUUACAGAAUGUAAAAACCGUGAUAUUGUCUUCGUAAAACCGACAGAAUGUCUUAAGCCUGACAUGGACGUGGAGAGUGAAGUAGAAAAUGGAAUCAGACAAAAAAGGGCCAGAAGGUGCACCAUUGAGUUCUCAUAUUGUGCAUUGUGGGGACUGAAAUGUGUCAGACGUGGAUGGUUAAAUGCAUGUGUAGAAUUAAAGUCCCAUUGUGUACGCCCAAGAGUCAUUCGUGGUCCUGAAUAUAAUUGCUAGUGCAACUGAAUGAUUCAAACUUUAACAACCAUAGCUGACAUCUUACAGAAACGCUUUAGCAUGUACUUGACUGUAUGGUUUAUAAUUUCGUUUUCGUUUAUUGACAUCAUCUCAGUUUGCAUACAAUUGUCUGUUUAAGUCUAACGGAUGCCGCAUUUUUCAGUGUAUGCUUUUUGUUUUCAUUCCAUAUUUGUUAGAACGUUUAUUCAAUUACAUAUGCAUAAUCAAAAUAGCUUCUGUUUUCAAAUAUGUUUUAUCAAAAAAAGCAAAAGACACUGUUUUAAAUAUUAUCUCUUUCAGAAUCAUUAUUAGUGGCUAUGUAUCUGUCUAUAAAGAAUAUUCAAAGAAUUGUU